AUGGCCGUCAUCAGCAGCACAACAUCUCAGCCUUUGCUCUGCACCAACCGCACCAUUUUCUCAACCAAACUCUCCUUCAGCCCUCGUUCCAAGACCCAUUUUUUCACUCAAAGGCCAGUUUUUGCGGCACUGGACCUCCAAAAGUGGCCUUCACAACAAUCACCCGCAACCCACAAUAGGGACUCUAAAUUGAAAACACUUGUGUGCCGCGCGGCUCGUCGAAAACCCACAACCACUGUUCAACAGGAGAAUGAUAGCUCAGAGAGACUGCUUCAGAUUGUUCUGUGGGUUGCUGAGGCAGUCUACAUUUUGUGGCUUUUUCUCCUUCCUUAUGCUCCCGGAGACCCAGUGUGGGCUAUAAGUUCUGAUACAAUGAAUUCUCUUGUGGGGCUCUCUCUGAAUUUCUUCUUUAUCUUGCCUCUUUUGAACUCUGGUAAGCUCAACUGGGUCAUAUUUGUUAUUGAUUUUUCUGGAGUAGUUACUGCUGGUUUGAUUAAUGCCCCAGUUCUUCACCCGAUGUCAGAAGGGCUAUUCAACUUUGUAAUUGGGUGGACAUUCAUGUUUGCCCCUUUGCUGUUCACGGAUCGUAAGAGGGACAGAUACAAGGGGUCUCUAGACGUCUUAUGGGGCUUUCAGAUGUUUCUUACAAAUAGUAUGCUUUCUUCCAAACUCUCGUAUUUGAGGAUUGACUUUUUAAUACCUUACAUGGCUAUUCGGCUAAAUGAGGCUGAGUCAGACUAUACUCCGACCAAGCGCUCACAACUUGGGUCUGUGAUGACCAAUGGUGCUCCCAUUGUCGGACUUGUUGGUGGAGCGAUAUGUCUGAUAUCUGCAUUGUGGGCUCUUUUUGGCCGAAUGGACGGCAACUUUGGGAGCAUUUCAGACAGAUGGGAGUUCUUGAUAAGUUAUCUAGGAUCAGAGAGGCUGGCUUAUGCAUUCAUUUGGGAUAUUGGUCUGUACACUGUCUUCCAGCCUUGGUUGAUUGGUGAAAAUCUUCAAAAUGUUCAGAGCAGUAAGAUUGGUAUUGUAAAUUAUCUUAGAUUUGUGCCAGUGGUUGGCUUAGUUGCGUACGUUGUUUGUUUGAAUCUGGAUGAGGAACUAGCAGAUCAGGCUUCCUCUAUUCAUCCCAGGACAAAGAUAGCAGUGCCAGAAAUGGUACCACGACAUGAAAAUGUGAAGCUUCCUCUAUUCAUCUCAGGACAAGAAGACAAUGUACAAACAGAAAGACAGGGGAAUGAAGUUUCCCCUCUAUUCUCUAAAGGCUUCAAAGCAGAAAGCAGAUGCACAUGUUUCAAUUUGAUGAAGUAUUGGAAAGAUUUACUAGACUUUGCUAGUAAAGCAUGGGAAAUGGGCCGCUCUGAUCCCAGGAAAGUCAUCUUUGCAAUAAAAAUGGGACUGGCUUUGUCCAUUGUUUCUCUGCUAAUAUUUUGGAAAAAAUCAUAUCAUGACAUUGGUCAGUACUCAAUCUGGGCUAUCCUCACGGUCAUUGUGAUGUUCGAGUUUAGCAUAGGAGGGACUUUCAUUAAGGGAUUCAAUCGUGGGUUGGGAACAUUGUUUGCUGGAAUACUUGCCUUCUGCUUUGCUGAGCUAUCUUUGCUGGCUGCAAACUUGGAAGAAGUUGUAAUUGUUAUGAGCAUUUUCAUCGUUGGAUUUUUCGCAUCUUACUUGAAGCUGUACCCAACAAUGAAGCCCUACGAGUACGGCUUUCGGGUUUUUGUGUUGACAUAUUGUAUCCUCAUGGUUGCUGGGAACAGAACAAGGGAAUAUAAUGAGGCAGUUGCGACUCGAUUGGUGCUUAUUGCAGUGGGUGCUGCUGUUUGUUUGGUUGUGAACAUAUGCAUAUACCCCAUAUGGUCAGGAGAGGAUCUGCAUAACUUGGUAGUGAAAAAUUUCAAGGGAGUUGCGGCUUCAUUAGAGGGCUGUGUUAAUGGGUACUUGAAGUGUACUGGAUAUGAGAGGAUCCCAUCAAAAAUUCUUACAUACCAAGCUGCAGAUGAUCCGCUAUACAAGGGCUACCGAUCCGUGGUAGAAUCUACGAGCCAAGAAGAAACUCUGUUGGGCUUUGCAAUCUGGGAACCACCUCAUGGGCGUUACAGAAUGUUGAAAUAUCCUUGGAUAAAUUUUGUCAAACUAAGUGGUGCACUGAGGCAUUGUGCAUUUAUGGUUAUGGCUCUACACGGAUGCAUUCUUUCCGAAAUACAGGCCCCAGCAGAAAAGAGGCAGGUCUUUUGUAGCGAGCUCCAGCGGGUAGGAGCAGAAGGUGCAAAAGUCUUGCGAGAACUUGGAAAGAGAGUAGAGAAGAUGGAAAAGCUAGGCCCUGGCGACAUACUCAAAGAUGUGCACGAGGCAGCAGAGCAUUUACAGAAGAAGAUAGACCAAAAAUCGUACCUUCUGGUCAACUCAGAGAGGUGGGAAAUUGGAAGACGGCCUAAACAGCUAGAAGAAGACCCUCAAAGGCUUUUGGAUGCUAAGGAACAUGAUGAUAUGCAAUUGGGUUUUAAGUCCUUAAGUGAAACUGUGCUUGACCUGAGGCCAGUUACAACAGCAUGCACACCUUGUGCACCACAAAGUGCUUCAUCAGACAACAUGUUUAGGGAUCAAGCAUCUUGGCCCUUGCCUCUCUCAUUUGGUGGCCAUGGAGUCAUUAAUGAAGAUGAUUGCAGAACAUACGAAAGCGCAAGCGCCUUGUCCUUGGCCACAUUCGCAUCGCUUCUGAUCGAGCUUGUUGCCCGGCUCCAAAAUGUGGUUGACACCUUCCAAGAACUUGGGGAGAAAGCAGACUUUAAGGUGCCUGUUCUUAAUGCACCGCCUACAAAGAAAUCUGGGAUUUGGCCCUGGUAG